AUGGCCUCAGAUAUCAUACAAGUGGCUGCUCUGGGUCGACCUUUCACCUUAGGGAUGCUCUACGAUGCUCGGAGAGACAAACUGAUCCCAGGUGUCACACUGUGGGAUGCUAAAACGCUGCAGGAGAAGUCAGUGGAGAAAAAUCAACACGCCAGUGAGUUUGAAGUCAGUGCGUCUGAUUCCACUGAAAAAAAAUCCUCUCAGCUGGAUGUUAAUGCUUCACUGAAGGCCAGUUUCAUGAGUGGACUCAUUGAAGUUGGAGGAUCAGCCAAAUAUCUGAAUGAUAAGAAGAAAUCUCACCAUCAGACUCGAGUCACCCUUCAGUACAAAGCUACCACCAAAUUCAAACAGCUGAUGUUGACUCCUGAUGAAACCAAAAACACCCAACGAGCAAAAGAUGUGAAGAAUUUGGCGACACAUGUAGUCACAGGAAUCCUUUAUGGAGCAAAUGCUUUCUUUGUGUUUGACAGUGAGAAGUUAGAUCCUAAAAACAUUCAGGACAUCAAGGGAACCAUGCAAACGGUGAUAAAGAAGAUCCCCUCAUUUAAUGUUGACGGGAAAGUUGACAUCAAGCUGAAUGAUGAAGAAAAAGCUGUGACGGAUAAAUUCACCUGCAAGUUCUAUGGAGACUUCAUUCUUGAAAGCAACCCUGGAACAUUUGAAGAUGCAGUGAAGACAUACAUCCAACUUCCAAAACUACUGGGAGAAAACAGAGAAAACUGUGUUCCACUGAAGGUCACACUGAUGCCUCUGAAGAAAUUACAUCCAAAAGCUGCUUACAUGAUAAACAGUAGAUUUAUUAGUAAGGCUGAAGAUACCUUACAGGAGCUUCAUAACCUGGACAUAAGAUGCAAUGAUCUGCUGGAGGACAGAGUGGUGAGAAGCUUUCCACAGAUACAAGAAAAGUUGAGCAGAUUCAAGAAGCUCUGUGAGUAUUUCAGAUCUUCACUCCAGGAAACAAUGGCUGAGAAACUUCCCUCCAUCAGGGCAGGUGAGGAAGAUGAGCAGGAAUUAGUGAAAGUGUUUGAUGACAGAGACAAGUCACCGUUCAGUCAGGAGAGAUUAACCAAGUGGAUCAAAGAUGAAGAGAGAGAAGUCACCAUCAUCAGGUACUUUGUAGACAUGAUGGAGGGAGCAAAGAUCAUCUCAGAUCAGUCUGAGCUGGACAGAGAGGUGUUUAAACCAGGAGUAGAGGAAGUUCUCUGCUUUGUUUUCACCUCCCUGAAAUCCACUGACCCAUAUCUGCAGAACAUGUCUGACUACUUGGAGAAAAAGAAACUGGAAGGUACUGAUGGUAACACUCCACCUACCCAGGACCAAUGGUACUUCUCAGAUGAAGUUAGAGCCAAAAUGAAAGAAAAGGCCGAAGCGGUGAAAAACUGCAGCAGACUGUUUAUAACAGCCACUGAAAAUGACAAAUACAAAGGAGCAACUAUCUACCACUACAGGAACACAAACCUGGUCACUGAAGAUUUCUUAAGGCCAGAUGUGGAAAAUUUAACAGACAGAAGGGAUCUGAUUCAGUAUGCCCGUGAUCUCACCCUGGAUCCAAACACAGCAAAGAACCAACUCAUAUUGUCUGAAGAAAACAAGAAGGCAACACGAGGAGAGAUGCAGUCGUAUCCUGACCAUCCUGAGAGGUUUGAUGAGGUCCCUCAGGUUUUGUGCAGAGAGGCUCUAACUGGGAGUUGUUACUGGGAGGUAGAGUGGAGUACCAGCUCUGGCAUGGUUGGUGUAGGUGUUAGCUACAAGCGCCUUGAGAGGAAAGGAAGUGGUGCAAUGUGCAUGCUUGGAUAUAAUGAUUUGUCCUGGAGUCUUCACUGUUUAGACUCUCUUUCGAGACUGCCUCUGAUUUUCUGUGCAAAACAUAAUAAGAUGACCAUUGAAUACCCUUGUCCUACUGGUUGCCCCAAACUGGGAGUGUUUCUUGAUUGGCCUGCAGGUACUCUUUCCUACUAUAGAGUCUCAUCUCACAAACUGAGUCACAUUCACACCUUCAGAACCAAAUUCUCUGAGCCUGUUUAUCCAGGCUUCAUCUUUGGAGGCCUGAUAAACGAUUACAUGUCCCUGGCCGUUUAA